AUGUCUACUUAUUCUGGUUUUGUGAAUAGUGCUUAUUCUGCCAAUACUUAUGAUUCUCCUUCUGCAUGGUACUCUAAUUAUUCUGCUGAUCUCUAUAAGGAGAACAAUAUUGCGCAUCCUCUGGUGAGGGGCGUACAUGAUGAUGUUGCCCAGUCUUUAUCAGAUUUUGAAAGCAAAUUGGAAGGAAAGAUUGACUCUCUUGCGAAGUUGGUGACACAGUUCACUACCAACCAGAGAUAUGCAUCUCCAUCUGCAUUUGUUGCACGACUAUGUGCUAUUUGUCCUUCCAGUGACCACUAUACAGAUGCAUGUCCUUCUUUGCAACACCAUGCUGCCUUUGAUGCACCUCAGGCUUAUGCUACAAACAUCUACAACAACAGGCAACAAAAACAGCAGCAACAACAACAGAUGCAAUUUUAUGAUGCUCCUGCUCAAAUAGCUCCUCAGCCUUCUACUUCUAAACCUACAUUGAAGGAGUUAUUGGAGCAGAUGACCAUGCAAAAUCUUCAGUUCAAGCAAGAAAUCAUGGAGUUUCAGCAGGAAACACAAGCUGUCAUUCAGAGUUUGAAUGAUCAGAUAGGGCAAACGGCUACUCAGCUCAAUCAGGAACAACCUCAUGAUUUAGAGGAAUCACCAUUUCAGACUGUUCAGAUUCCUGAUGAUGAUAGUGUCGUCCACAUAGGAGAUGGGGAGCAGAGUUAUGAGCUUACCACUGAGCAACCUACUUUCCCACCUUCAAAUGUCCCUAUUCUUGCGAUUGAGGAGAUAGAUCCUGAUGAUGAUUUGGAGGACCAGGAAAGUAUAAGCAGAAAUUGUGAGCCAGGUAGACCACUUUCAUAUUCCACCACUUUAGCAAUCUUCAAGGAAGAGGAGGUAAGCAUACCUCAAUUUGAUUAUGUUGAUGAUUAUGUUAUUGAGAGGUAUGCUGAUGAUUGUAUUGUUGAUGAGUCUGUUUUUAAUUCUUCCUCUCUGCAUGAUGAGAAUCAAUUUUUGAUAUCAAAUUCGUAUGUUUAUUCUCCAUGCAUUGAACAUGAAUCUGAGUCUGUGGUUGAUAUUGUUUCUGAAUUUGAAAUUGAUUCAUGUUCUGAGAGUUUAUCUGUUGUUCAGCCUGUUACACUGGGAUUGGGUGUUAUACCCCUGUGUGUCAAUUCUUUGGAGCCACAAUGUACUAACCAUGCUGCAGGAGGUACAUAUGAAUUUGACCAACAUGCACCCCCAGUGGAAGACAAGGGUGCUUACAUACACAAUAGUUUGAAGAUCAACAGGCACCUGCUGAACCUGCUCAUCAACAAUCAUUGCAUAGAUCCAACUGUGGAUAAUAUCUCCCUGCUAGAUCAAAUCUGGAGGAUGAAGCAAUUCUUCCUAAAAACUUCCUUGCUGGAUACUAUGGCGGAAAACAUCUCCCUGAAAGUCCAAAUUUGGCAACUGCCACCAUAACUCAGGGGAGUUUUCCUUUUCUCUUCUCCCCCUUUCCCUACUUUUAUUGCACUUGUCCAUGAUCUGUUGACUGUUUUGAUUUCCGAUCUUAUGCUUAUGACACAUUGAGGACACUGUGUAGUUUAAGUGUGGUCUAUUGGGGGAGAUUUUUAUUUUUUCUUUGUUAGUUUUUGUUUUCUUGGUUAAAUUUUUUUCUUUUCUAGGUAGUUUUUGUUUUGUCGUGUGUACAGUUUUACAUGAUUCUCUUCAUUUCUGGACUUUGUUUGGGUUGUAGACUUAUCAUUUCCUUCACUUGAUUGAUAUUUAUUUGUUUGAAAUCCUUGCUUUUCUCUGCUUGGGAAGAUGAUUAUGAUGUUUGAGAGGUUGAAUUGAUUGUGACAGAAUUACCCUAUGUGAGAUUUGAGCCACUUUAUGUUUUUUUCUUGUGUGCGAUAUGUCUCUUGAUUGCUUGCGCAUAUGCCUUGGCUUGACUCUUGUUGAUAAUUCUUGAUUGAUAUGCAUGUUUGGAAGUGAUAAAGGCAAUUUUGUUCUUGAGCCUCUCUAGCCAAAUAAGCUUACCUUGUUUUGAUCCUUUGAUAACCCCUUUUGAGCCUAUACUUUCCCCCAUUUCUUUGUUUUGAAGCUCAUACACUAGCCCUAAGUGAAAAACCAUGAUUACCUUAACCUUAGGGAAUUUUGGAGCUUUGGAAGUGUUUUGGGAACAAGUGUGGUCUCCUUAGGGAUUCUGAUGAGUUGGCUAGUUGGUUCCUCUUCUUGUUCUGUUUUGUUUUUGUAAAUCUUGUCUUUUACAGUUUUGUUUUGAAAAGAGAAAAAAGAAAAGAGACAGGAUGAAAAAAAGUGAGAAAGAUGAAAAAGAAAAAUGAAGAAAAAAAAAUUGUGAAUAAUUGUGAAUAAUGGAGUCAAGAAGAGGAUGGAAUUAGAGGUUGUGGGUGUGUUUGAAUGUGUUUACACUUGUUCCCCAUUGCUCCUAUGUUCCUUAUGGUUUGUAGCUUCUUAUCCAGAUAUAUCCUGCCUUGUCCUUGGCGCCAUUACAACCAUGAAAAGACCUUUUGAUUUGAACAUGCAUAUGUUUCUGAGUGUUGAUAUUAGAGGCUUGCCAAGUCUGUUGUUGUUUGCUUUCUUGAGUGCAUUGAGUGACAUUGAUUUACCCCAAACACUUGAGAGAAACACUGAUAGUGCAUCUGUGAGGUUUUGUUACUUUUGAUUCACCUCUUGAGCUGAUUAAUCAUUUUGCCAUGUCUUGAAUUGCUUGGAUGAUUUCAUGAGUAUCUGCUUUCUCUGAUUCAUUCUGUGUUGGAAUUGUCUACUUCUUUUCUCUGUCCAGAUUUCUUGAGGACGGUGUAAAUUCUGUUUGUUUCCUUGUGAGUCUUUAUUUUCUGUGUGUAGACGUUGUGUCACCUUCUUAAAAGCCCUUUGAACUAUUCCCUGAUUUGCGUCUUGAUUUUGCCCAGGAGUGCAAAAGACUAAGUGUGGUCUAUUUUGAUGAACCAAUAUUUUCCUCACUUCACUUAGUUUAAUGUGCUAGAAUUAGUCGGGGAAUUAUGCUUAAACGUCCGUAAUUGUGGUGGCUGGAAUUGAUCAUUGGACAGUGCUAAAACCUCCCAACACUCUUAAACAAGGAAUACAACAGCUUGGCUUUAUUGAAUAGCAAAGAAAAAAACAGCCACGUCCGCAUCCAGCAGCUUGGUAGCAGGUCCAGCAGCUUGGAAGUGGUGUGAGUAUUGGAGCAUAGGGUGACGGGCAGCAAAUGGAGGUACACGGUCCAGCAGAAGCAGGUGUGUGCUUGGAGAGAAUGGGAGGUGCACAAGCAAGAGGCUUUCACGUCCAGUAGGUUGGAUGGAUUAGGGAGAGUCGCCACGUUGGAAAAAGGGUGGGUCAUUCACCCUUAUUUUGGGGAGCUGAAGGUUAGCGUUUUUUUGGGGGAAGCGGCAGAGGGGCACGCGAAGGAGAGGACUUCAUUUAUUUUUGGGUAGUACAUGCACAUGGAGGGUGUCUCGGCUUGGAGCUGGAGCAGCCGCCACACUCAUUCCGAUUUUGUUCUUGAAAGCUGUUCUCAAUGGGAUGAAUGAGGAGCUUACGUUUAUUCCUUUUGUUGAUUUUUCAUUGCCUUUUUAUUUUGGUGCUGUCACGUUCCUUUAUAUAUGCCAUAAAUUGGAAUUUUGCUUUGCUUGUGCACGCUGUUACAUUGUUGUUCUCGCUGCUUUGAAUUUAUU